AUGUUGCUGUUUUUUGCUUUCUACUUUAGUCUUCUCGGUGAACUAAGUGGCCAAGUUGGUGGCCUUAGACUGGCUGGUGGUGGUGAGGUCGGUGUCAGAUUAAUCGUCGAUAUGGGAUCAAGGGAGGGGAAGCUUAUACAUAGUCGUGUUUCCAUGGCGAUUUCCGAUUUCAACAGCUUUCGUAGGGACAAUCAAAUGAGGAUAGUUCUUCGUACAAUAGACUCCAAAGGAGAUCCUUUACAUGCUUUAUCUAUCGCUUAUAACCUCUUGGAGAAGGCGAAAGUCAAGGUCAUCCUGAUCAGUGCACAAAAAUCAGCAUUAGACACAAAGGUUUUGGCUGAAUUUGGAAAACAAACCAAAAUUCCAGUAAUCUCAGUUUCAAGCUUCACCAUUGAUAACGACCUGAACACAAUACUAUGGCCUGGUGGGACAUCAACCAUUCCCAAAGGUCGAAUGAUGCAAACAAGAACUAAUAAGACCCUAAAGAUUGCUGUUCCAAAAUCGAACGGGUUCCCUCAAUUGCUGAAAGUGGACCCUGAUCUUCAAACCAAUACCACCAUUUUCUCUGGUUUCUGCAUAGCUGUUUUCGAAGCUGCAAUAGCGGGUUUGAAGUAUCAACCGUCAUAUGAGUUUGUCCCCUUCGAAUAUAAUAACCCAAACAUCGGUGAGGCUUACAAUGAUCUUAUCUACCAAGUAUAUCUCCAGAAGUACGAUGGUGCUGUUGGGGACAUAACAAUCAAUGCAAAUAGAUCUUUGUACGUAGAUUUCACUUUGCCAUUUACCGAUAUAGGAGUGGGGAUGGUUACUCGGUUAACUCCAAAGGACAACCAAAACUUGUGGAUUUUCUUGAAACCACUCACACGAGGACUUUGGCUUACAAUUGUGGGAGCUUAUGUGUUAGCAACUUUUGUUAUUUGGCUAAUCGAACGUCCUGCAUUAGCUGAGCAACAAACCCAGCAAUCAAAUGGGCAAAUUGGAAGGAUGAUUAGCUUCUCCUUCUCCAUCCUUGUUUUUGCACAAUGGGAGAAAUUAACCAGCAAUUUGUCGAGAUCCGUGGUUGUUUUGUGGGUGUUUGAGAUUUUUAUAUUGGGUUCGAAUUACACCGCGACCUUGACGUCAAUGUUGACGGUCCAACAUAUCGAGUUCAUCUCAAAGGUGGACAAAAUAGGACAUCGAUUAGGUCCUGUUACCCAAGAAGUUGUUGGCAUUCUAAACAUCCAGAAUUCUAGUUCAACUUCUAAAUGGCUUACUUCACCAGCAGAAUUUGAAAAGGCUUUAUCGGAAGGUAGCAAAAAUGGUGGCUUCUCUGCUAUAAUUGAUGAGAUGCCAUACAUCAACGUCUUCCUAGAAAAAUAUUCAGCACAUUAUUCUAUGGUCGGCCCUGUCAACCGUACCACCAAUGGCUUUGGCUUUGUAUUUUCAGAGGGUUCAACCUUGACUCGAGACAUAUCAAGGGAAAUAGCAAAACUCAGAGAAGAUGGGAGACUUGAAAUGCUUGAAAAUGCGUGGUUCAAAAGUUCAAUCACUAAUUUCGAUUCGAGGGAUACUUUGAACAGUGUGAACCCACUUACAAUAAGUGACUUUCGAGGCUUAUUCUAUUUCAGUGGAACUUUUUCAGCUUUAGUCGUUUUCUUGUUUUUUGCUUCCUUGCUUCGCAAAAACUUUCAUGUUUUGAAAAAAUGGGGACGACCUAAGAUUGUGAAACAAUAUGUUUGCAUGAAAUUUUCAAAAAAUAGAAGAGACGCCAAUGUAAUACACCCAGAGUUUGAUAAUCUCUGA